AUGGACGAGGGCGAGGAGGAGACUGACUUCAUCGAAGAUGUAGAUGAUGGCGAGGACCUCUUAGGCUCAGAACCCUCCGAAGCCGGCAGCGACGCCGCGGAAGGCGCGGCAGGCGAGGACGCCGAUAACGAGGUGGUGGAGGCGGAUGCGGCCCUGGAGAAGUAUCAGGCGGUCUACGACCAGAGCAUCGACAAAGUCGAGUUCCCUGCGGAUGUAGUCGCCGAGAUACAGCAGUCCUGGCAGGCCUUCCUCGCGCACGCCGGGUCGCAGGAGGCCUGCGGCGAAUACAUUCUGAAUUCGUGGUGGGAAGCGGCGCCCAGUGUACAGGGCCUCUUCAUUUCUCCGCACGCUGUUCUGCACUUGCGGCUCUUUCAGGGCAUCAACCCGGUUGUGGCGGCCCUGACGAAUCCAACGAACCUGAAGUUGGAGGUCGAACAAAUCGCCUUCCGGCACUUGGAUAGGCCUGUGAAGACUACUGUUGUGGAGGUCUUUCGCGACGCCUCGCUGGACAUGUGGGAGUCAGAGCUGGGUAUGCGCUUCACCAAGCGAGCAAGGGUUGGCUGGCAUGCGCUCUUCAACUAUUUGGGCGGAGCCUUCUGCUUCGUGUCCCGCGAGUACUCGGGCAGAGUGAAGACCAUCCUGCGGAGUUGGCGAAUAGCCAACAAUGCGAAGGAGGAAGAGGCUGCCGAAAUUGGAGAUGCUGAGGCUGAGGAGGUAGAGGAGAAAGCGGUGGAAGAGGCAGCACCUGAGGGGAAGCAGGCGCAGGAGGAGGAAGAAGCAAAUGGCAAGGAGAUGAAGGUACCCACCACCUUCAAGGAGAUGUUCCUCUUCAACGCUGCUGUCAUGGGAUAUGGCGGCAGCACUUGGAUGAACAUCAUCCUGGAUCAGUUCGACGCCAUGGUCUUGAACAUUGCCAACUCCCACAGACUAGGGGAGGAAUGCGAUGUUCUCUCGCUUGUGCUGGCCAAGUACGAUGGGCCUCCGCCGCAGCUCCCGGAGUUCCGCUCGGUGAUGCUGGCGACGCUGCGGUCUUUGGCGCCGAAGGAUUGGGACACCGAGCACGAGGUGGCAUGGAACUGGCUGUGGGAGAACAUUGAGCGCAUGUUGAAGGCGCAAACGGGGAAGCCGCGGCAACAAGAGCGAGCGCUGGAGAGAUUCAUCGGCAGCCUUUCUGAGGACAUGGUGAACUUCUUUCGGCGGGAGCUGUACAAGCGUUUCUUCCUGAAUGCUCCAUCAGGACAAGACCACUUCAAGCAGUCGACCACGCGGUUGUAUUUUUUGGCCGACCGCAUGGUCGAGAUCACCAUGGACAUGUUCCGGCGCCCGCGGAAGAUGGUGCAGGAGAUCAGUGCAUUGGGCCUGCGGCAUGUGGGCUACGGCAUCCCCACAGAACUCUUCGGGCCGUACGUCUCGGCGGCUGUGAGCACCAUGCGGUCCAUGACCUCGGAGGAGAACGCCGUGGCGGGGUUCCGGUGGUCGGUGACCUUGGUCUCCAAGAUCUUGGUGAGGGCUGUGGGGGAGGGCGCCACGCUGGUGAUGCGGGCCAUCAACACCAACCAGGAGCUGGCGCUGAAGAAGGCCGUUGCCAUCGCGCCCCGGGGCAAACGCGCCAUGGAGUUGCUGAACAUCUCUGUGGGCACGCAGUCCAUCUCGCCCCUGUUUUGGGCCAUCGAGAGCGGGGCGCUAAAUAGCGCCAGAGCCAUGCUCGAAGACCUUUUGACCAUCCGUGCCGACCGGGACGUAUAUUAUUACGGCUGCGACGACCUCUUCACCAGACAUCCCGACAUCAUCCAGAGGCUGUGCAACGAUGCGCCGACCUUGCUGUGGACGCUUCUGGAUGGCUUGGUGUGGAGAUCCAGACUCACCCACCAGGGCCAAAGGCGAGUGAACUACUACGUCAGGCACUUGGUGCAAGAUAUGGAGGGGAACGCCAGCCAGACACUAGCAUGGCUUGCCAACCACAAAGAUCCGAAGAUCAUUGUGCAUCCUGUGGUGGUGAUGCUCGCGGAUCUUGUUUGGAAAAGCCUGGCGAUGUACCACUUCCUGCUGGGCCGAGUGUAUUUCCUCUUCGCCCUUUGCGUUUUUGUCACCAGUCAGGCCAUCCUGUUCCGACAUGAUGGCACAGAGACGCUGGAAGAGAACAUCGUCAGGUUCGGAUGCAGAUGUUUUUUGUACUUCGCCUGUCUCACCAAGCUUUUCUUCAACCAAGCAAAGCUCUUCUAUUUGGACAUGAAGCAUCGCAAUGUGCGCUGGUACUACUUUGUUCCAGUCCCGAGAUACCUUCAUAGCACACAGCAGCAGGGGAACUGCUUGCUGGUAAUCAUGCUGGUACUCAUGUACGUCGAGGAGCCUAUCUUGUGGUGUGGCUCCUUUUCCAUGGACGGGCCUUUGCUGCUCUUUACCAGUAUUUGCCCGGAGACAGAACACAUUCUGAAUAUUUACUCCAUUUUUUCUUGUUUUGCGAUGCUCCUAUACUGGGCCCUCCUCAUGGACUUCACGCUCUUCUCAAUGAGGAUCUCCGCCUUUGUGCUCGUGUGCGGCCACGUCUUGGCCGACGUGGGGCUCUUUGCGCUAGCCUUGGUCUUCCUGGUCUUGGCCUUUGCGACAGCGAUCAGUUCACUGGACCACGGCCUCGCUGACUUCUCAGGUGUCGAUCCCUGGCUGGUGAGCUUGGUGCAGAUGACCUUGGGCAUGUUCCCCCCGUCGCAGUACGGGGAGUUCCAGUCCGAGGUCGCGGUGGUGCUGGCGGUCUCAGUCUUUGUGGCAGUCGUCACCAUUUUCCUCUUAAACUUGCUGAUUGCCCAGCUGAACCAGUCCUACCACGAUGUCUUUGAAGACAUGCAGGGCUUCGCUCGCCUGAACCGGGCGGGUACCACGGCGGUGACGCUAGAGCAGGUCCCCAGGAAGAAUUGGAUCAGGUUCCGCGACCAAUUGCAGUUCGACGAGCGCCUGGAGUUCAACGAGGGGGACGUGGGCUUGGCAGGUGGCAUUCAGGUGAUGGAGCCGGCGAACGCCAAUCCCAUCACCGAGGACACCAUCCGUCGCUUUGGUGGCUCUACAGCUCCGAGCAUGCCCUGGCCAGCGGAGCACGAGGAGAUGACAGAGGAUGACAAGUUUGAGCGAUUGGAGAAGUUAAUCCUCCGCGUCAACAAAGGGAAGAAAGGCCGUGGCGAGUCGAGCUCUGACAGCCAAGAAGCCUCGGCCGUCUCAGAUCACAGCUCCAAGAAGUCCAACAAUUCCGGCGGUGGCAGCACCUGA